AUGGGUCACCGCAUUACGAGAGACUACGAUAGACGGUGCGGACGAGAAGAGACACAGGCGGCCAGACUGUCAGUGCGAGCACUCGUGCGUUUCUUUCCCACCGCGUCAACGCUCCAAAUGCGUGUGUAUGUGACGCUAUUUAUCGUUUCGUUUCUUUAUUCUAAACGUGUUUUUUUUUGUAUUUUCCUUGGAUUUUUCUUUCUGAGGCCAUAUAAAGGAACUUUUACGCAGCGUGAAUGAUCUUGAAGCAGAUAAACUUGAUAUUUUCUCGCGUAACUUUAAGGCUGGACGUAUCAAGUGUAGAAUUUUGUGGAUAUCUUUGAAAAAAUUCAAGCCUUUUACGAUCCGUAAACUUUCACGCAUACGGCCUCUCAAUAGCCUUUUCGAAUUAUUUGAAAAAUUGGAAAAUUCAUUUACGCGCCAUUCUCGUUUUUUUUUUCUCAUUUUUGGGCGUUUUUUGGAAGGGAAUCGAGCAGAUUCAUCUUGAAACCAGGCUGGAAAAAAAAUGAAAAGAUUUUUUUUUUAAAUCAACUUCAGAGCUUUCAGGUUGUCAUAUUGAAAACCAAAGCUCUAAAAAGGCCCAAUUUUCAGGAUACCGCAGUUUUUCAGAGCAAUUUCAGCAUUCUUAACAAACUUUCCGUGUUUUAAAGUCACUUAAUCUAUAAAUUUGAAUCGAUUGAGCUCUUAGGUUUCAAUUAGAAGCUUAUUUUUGAGAAAAAAAAUACUACAUAAAAUUUCCAAAAUGUCUCGAAAUUUCAACUCUGUGAGACGUUUUAUCGUUUCUUUUUAAACACUUUUCAUUACUUUUUCCCGAUUUUUCCGCGAAAAGUCAUGAAAAUGCCGGAUAUUUAACCUCAAUUGUCACUUUUUCAUAGCGAUUUUGGCUAUUCGUACAAAAAUUUUCGUGAUUUAAAAAUCAAUUUAUCUAUAAAUUUGAAUCGAUUGAGCUCUUGGGUUUUAAUAAGAAACUUAUAAAGUCGUAAAUUCGAGAAUAAUACUGCAGAAUAUCUCGAAAAUUCAGUUUUUUGAAGCGUUUUGCCGUUACUUUUUUCCUAUACUUUUCAUUGUUCCACGUCAUUUUUCGUCAAAUUUUGAAAAUUUCGUAAAAAUUCAAAUUUUCGCAUUCGAAAUGAGUGAAUCCGUGGAGCCAAAGUCCUAAAAAGGCCGAAAUCCUACCGCUGUCGUCACUUUUUCAUAGCGAUUUUGGCAUUUCGUACAAAAUUUUCGUGAUUUAGAAUCACUUAUUUCGCGAAUUUGAAUCGAUUGUCUCAAUAAAAAAGCUCCUAAAGUCGUAAAUUUUAAGAAAAUAUCUCGAAAAUCCAACUUUUUCAAACAAAUUUCAUUAUUCCUCGUUAUUUCCGCAUAGAAAACAGUCAAAUUUAGCCGCAUUUGGAAUGAGUAAAGUCGGGGAGCGAAAAAUUGCUGUGCGGCGGGAAAAGAGGCACGAAGCAGCCACGGCAGCCGAGCAUCGUUCCUGGGGAUGAAUUGGUAUUUUUUUAAGGCCCAUAAAAAAAAUAAAAUAAAAAAAUAACAGGAAUCGCCAGCGAAGCAGCUCCGUUUGCUGGACCCCGGGAACUUUUCCAACCCCUUCCAAGGUGAUUUUUGGAUUUUAAAAAAUUUUAAACUGAUUUUUAAGCCAUUACAACGUCAACGAACCAAGCUGGGACCUCCAAAAAAGCUGAGGAAGUCGACAUGACCAAGUCUCUUUAUGGUUUUGGGAAUAAUGUUGUUUUUUUCUUAUAAAUGGAUUCCCAGACAAUUUAUGCCUUUGUGUCGAUGGAGCGGAGUUGAAAAUCGCUGAAGCUGGUGCUAUUAUGAUCGCUUUUUCCGGGUCUCCUGACUAUAAACUGGCGAUCGAGGUGAGGAAUUGCGUUGAGAAGCGAACAAAAAUUGUUUUUAAAAACUUGAAAGUGCUUUGAAUUUUUUUAAGAGGUGAAAAAUGGCCUAAAAAGUGUUGAAAUCCGAUAAAAAUUGCUUCAAAAUUCACCUUUUGCUUUAAAAUUUCUUUAACGUUUUCCUGAUGCUUUGAAAUCGCUUAGAAAUUGUCCUUAAGCUUUUUAAUAGCUUUAAAAUUGUCCUUUUACCUACCUCAUACUUUUAAAAUCCUUUAUAAAUGUCUUUAUGCUCUAAAAUUGCUUUAAAUGUGUCCUCAUGCUUUGAAGUUGCUACAAAACUGUCCUUAUAUUUUAAAAUACUUCAAAGAGGUAAAGAAUGAAUCAAUCAAUCAAUAUUUAUUGUUUUUAGUCAGAUGGAAUCGACUAGGCGGUCAAACAAUUGCUCUUUUGAGCGGCACUAACACCGCCUUUGGCGAAAAAGAAGUCAAAACGUGUAGUCGAUUGAAUUGAAAGCAUGGUCUUACGGUCCUUCGCCUCGUUCUUCCAGAAGUAGAACCCUCAGUUUCGAAUGGCCUGAAAUGUGAUGAAAAUCGACAAAAUUGCUUUGAGUGACCUCAUUCUCUAAACUUGGUCCUAUGCUCUAAAACUGCUAGAAAAUGGUCAUCAAGCUUUAAAAAUUAGUCCGUAUGCUUUGAAAUUGCUAUUAAGUCGGCCUUAUGCUUUGAACUUGUUUCAAAAUCGAUCAUUUGCUUUAAAAUGUUUUAAACAUAGUUUGAGGGGUUUCUUUGACUUUGAGGUGUCUUCUCCUAAAAAUUUUGAAUUUGUGCAGAUUGAGGCCUUCAGGAUCUUUAUCUUCUACAUCAAGAAAUUUUUGGCCGGUUUUCAGGAAAUCCUCAAGCUGAAAUGACCUUCCUCGUUAAGUCCUCAUCUAAUUUUUAACCCUGUUUUUUUCCAGAUGUUCAAGAAAAAGUUCUGCGGCGUGGUGCGGACCUCCUGCAUCAAAGGAUACCUUCAGAAACUUGCCAAAGCCUCGUUGUGGACGGAUCAACUUGCGGCUGAAAGGAAUCUGUCUCUUGGAACCUUGUUGAUGGUCGGUUUUUCAUUUUAGAAUGGGAGCUGAGGGAUUUGGAAUUUCAUACCUUGGUCAAGGUUCGAUAGAAAUGACGUUAGAGAGAGAAAAAGAUAAAGGAAAUUUUGGAGGGUCAGAGAUCAUUUAUAGACUUAGGAACGCCAGAGGGGUCCCUAGAGGGGCUUUUGAACGUUUCCAAAUAAGGGAUGCUAAAGUUUGAAAAGUGGCCACUGUAGGGGUUUUAGUGGUCACUUGAGAGGCUCCUUAAGGACUACCUAAUAAGGACGCUGAACUGGUCACUGAACACCUUAUAGGUUUUGCUUUUUAGUGACCACUUUAGUGUUUUUAAUUAUCUAGUAGGACCACUUAGACUCCUGAAGAGGCCAGUCACUAUGUUGACAACUAUAGUGGCCAUCAAACGUCAAAACCCUCAAGGGAUUACUAAUAAUUUUCCGCCUAGUGGCCCCUCUAGGGUGCUAGUCGUUUAUUUUUCUGAACUCUUAAAGGAGCAGCUUUUCCAGGCGAAAAAAUCAAUCAAUAAAUUACCGUUUUUUGAAUGAAAAAUAUCAACAGUAGAAUAAUCGAUUGAUUUUUAUUAAUUUUGUCUUUUUAGGUUCUAAAAUUUGAACUAUGCAUCAAAAAAGCCCUGUAGGGAGCACUUAAGGAAGCUUGGAAUAAUGAGGCUGACUGGAAAAAUGCAAUUUUGGUUUCGACGUACCAGUGGCCACUUAAGUGACCAAACUUAGUGACCACUUUAGAAGUCUAUGUGAAACUACUAAAUCACUAAAAACUACUCUAGUGGCAACUAAGACGCAAAAUAGUUUAUAGAGAUGGUUUCAGUGGCCACUUUAGUUCUUCAUGUAUUCCUUGAGGAACCUUUUAAGUGGCUACUAUCUCAUAAUAUCCGAAAGAAGAUCCAAUUCCAGUCCGAGCUGGCCAUGUACCGACAAAGUAGCCACCAAGAAUCGCCGCCCCUCGCCAAUUCUCUAGUCCACACGCCGAUCAUUGCCGAAUGCCGUCUGCCCAAUUUCCCUCCUUUUACCGUCAGUUCCCUGCCGGAUUUUUCCAUAAAAGUGAUCCUUUCAGGGAAAAGUUUUGACCGCUGAAGGGUACAAUGGUAACGGGAAGUCGCAGGCCUCGCAGAUUUCCAGCAUUCUGAGGAUCGCCCUCCAACAGGUGAGCUGAAAAAGGAUGACAGGAGUUCAAAAAUUACCUCAAGCUGUUGGGUUAUCAGUAGAGCGUAUUUUCAGGUAGAUGAAGGGCUACUUUUAAGAUUCUUUAAAUUCGAAUUUUAGGAUGCUUAGGAUUGCCCGAGUGGUACCUAGAGGGGGGGCUCUUUAAGGCGUCACUCUAGGAAUCAACUUGUCCCCCCCUCUUUAUAGGGAACACUAAAGCUUGCGAAAAACGUCUCUUUAGGGUUUUCAUAUAGUGGCCACUCUAGGGGACGCAUGCUAAUGGUUUUAAUAGGUAUUUUCAACAUUCAGAAGGCCCCUAUAGGGUUAAGCUUAAAGGGUCAGACUUUUCUUCCCUAUAGUUAUCACUUUGGUUUUCCCUCUCUGAGGACCAUUAUUUUGUUCCCUAUAAGGGCUUUUUUUUUCCCUCGCCCCUUGAGGGACCACUUUGACGUUCCUGAGUAUAUUUCUUGUAGGAUUUAUCUACAGUAUUACAAUUUCUGUCAAGGAGUUCCUGCACCCCCCAUCCCCCUAAAGUCAUAAAAAAAUUGCAUUUUUUUCAAAAAUUGGAGUGUAUUUAUAAAUAACUAUAGAGAAAGGCUACAAGAAAAAAGAAAAAAAGUUGAAUCAUUUUUGGAAGAAUUUUUUUAUCGACUUGGAUCGGAGGCUAUUUUUUCAGGAUUUUUUUUUGUCAUUUUCCUGAUUUCUAGGCUACCCAUCCACCAGAAUGCAUCCGAAACUACGCGUUACGCCUUCCGAAUUCCGGAAGAAGGGGAAAUGAUCACGAAGAUUUGCCCCCGCCUGUCACCAAAUGCAUACUCGGUUCUAUCCAAAACCACAAAAAUAAACGAAAAUCAUGAUUUUCCAGACUUUUGCGCCAACUUUUUCGGCUAUCCCAGCAUUCUGGGCAAUCCUGGCCUGACCGUCCAUGAGGCCAUCAAAUUCUCACCCGAGUGAAUCUUUCAAAAAAAGUCCGAAAAGCAAGAAAUAUGUGAUAGGUUGGCCACGGCGAUUGGCAUCGAUCCAGCGACCCAGGCCGAGAAAUUGGACACACUGAUCCGGGAUUUCAAAGUGUUCCGGAAUAAGAUCUUCCGACGUCUUCAGUAUAUCUUGUGGGCUUGUUAGAUUUGAAAAACGAGUAUAUUUUAAUUUUUGUUAGGACGGACACGAGAAGGAGCAAGAUUUACACGACGCCCGAUGGACGGCUCAAGUGGGUCAGCAAUGUGAGUUUCAGAACAAAAAUUAUGAUUUAUUUCCGAAAUCUUCACAAAUUCUCAGGUUUAGGAAGGUUAUAGGAAACUUCCCCCGAUUAAGCUGAAGAUGUUUUUCAAAAAAAUAUUUUUUUCGAUAAAUGAAAGCUCAGGGUCUUUACCUGAACACAUUUACAGGUUUAGAAUCCCUUAAAAAAAUUCAUAUUAAUCGAAAAUGACAGCUCAAAAAAAUUUUUCAUGUUUGGGGAAGUUUUUAGGAAACCGCCCAAUUAAGCGUAAUAAGUUUUUCGAACAAAAAUUUUUUUCCAAAAAAAUGACAGUUAAGGGUUUCUUCACAAAGUUCUCAGGUUUAGGGAGGUUAUAGAAACCCCCCCCUCCCCCCGAUUAAGCUGAAGAAGUUUUUCAAAAAAAUAUUUUUUUCGAUAAAUGAAAGCUCAGGGUCUUUACCUGAACACAUUUACAGGUUUAGAAUCCCUUUAAAAAAAAAUUCAUAUUAAUCGAAAAAUGACAGCUCAGAAAAAUGUUUUUCUCUACAAAUUUUUCAUGUUUGGGGAAGUUUUUUUAGAACCCCCAAUUAAGCGUAAUAAGUUUUUCGAACAAAAAAAUGGAAGUUAAGGGUUUUUUCUUUCAGAUCCAGGAAAAUAAAAGCUGAAUCAGCUUCCAAAAAAAAAAAUCUUCUUACCGAAAAUGACGGACUUUGCUUAACAGAUCUGUAGGUUCAGGGAAGUUUUUAGGAGUAUAAACGAUAAAAGAGUGAAAUCAGCUCUCAAAAUUGACAGUUUGGGGUUUUUUCACAAAUUUGUAAGCUCAGGGGAGUUUUUAAAUAAAAAAAACAACCUUCAACGAGCUGAAUUUGUGGCCCCAAGAUGAGCUCAAACAUUUUUGUAAUAAGAGUUUUAUAUAGAUUUAUUUUCAAUUUUCUCUUUCAGGAAUAAAUUCUACAAAUUCCACUGAAACUUGAUCAUUUUCACACAACCUUGUUCAAAAAUAUGCCUCAUAAGCGAAUCUAACUAAAAGUGAUAAGCUCGUUUUGAAGCUCUUAAGUGAUCCCUGCAGGGGGAACUUUAGGAGCCCUUGAUGGUUCCCCUCUAGGAACACUUUUACCUCCCCUAGAGGGACCACUGAAGCUUGCCUGUAGAGGAAAUGCUAGUCGAGUAUUUUUGAAAAAUGGAAAGACCCCUUUAGGGUCCCCUUCAGCUUUGAGAACCACCUAAGUUUCCCCCAUACAGGGGAAAUUUUUUUUGUUCAGUAGAGGCUUUUUUCCCCUGACCUCUUUAGGGAUCACUAUUUGGUUUUUUGAUUUCAUUUCUUUGAACUUUUUUGAAGUUUCAAAAAUAAGGUUUUUAAUAUUUUAUUCCAUUGACUCGAGUCCGAAAAAUGGGAAUUUCUUGAUUCAGAAGUCGAAAACGAGCUACAUGUUCGACGAGGUCGCCCCAGAAGACAUGGGCGAGGAGUACGGAGGAACUUAUGAAGACUAUGACAAUGACUCACAAGAUAUCAAGUACAAAUAUGAAGUUGUAGAUGUUCAUGUCAAUCCUUAUUGA